AUGGCUUCUUCAUCAAAACCCAAAAGUAAUUAUGAGGUUUUCUUGAGUUUUAGAGGCACAGACAUACGUAACACCUUCCUUGGUCAUCUCUACAAAGCUUUACAUCAUAAUGGAAUACACACUUUCAUUGAUAGCGAGGAACUAAGGAAGGGAGACCAAACAUUGCCAGCGCUCAUGAAGGCCAUCGAAGAGUCAUUCGUCGCAAUCAUUGUUUUCUCUAAGGACUAUGCUUCCUCACGAUGGUGCCUGGAAGAGUUGAUGAAGAUUAUGGAGUGCAAAGAGCAAAAGGACCUCACCGUUCUACCGGUGUUUUAUAAAGUGGACCCAAGAGAAGUGAGACAGGGCAGCAAGAGUUAUGGGAAAGCUCUAGCAAAGCAUGAGUCCAAAUUUGGGAAGGAUUCGGAAAAAGUGGAACAAUGGAAGAAAGCUCUUUUCAAUGCCGGUAGCUUGUCCGGGUGGCAUUUUAAUGACGGAGAUGAAUCAGAGCUUAUUGAAAGAAUUGUGAAGGAGAUCUCCACUCUUCUAGAUCGAACACCUUUGCAUGUUGCUAAGCAUCCGAUUGGGAUUAAUUCUCGAGUGGUUAAGCUAAAAUCCAUGUUAAACGUUGAGUCUGAUGAUGGUGUUUUUAUGAUGGGAUUAUGGGGAAAGGGAGGCAUAGGAAAGACAAGUUUAGCUAAAGCCAUUUAUAAUGAUAUUUUCAGACAAUUUGAAGGUUCAGCUUUUUUGGCAAAUGUUAGAGAAACUUCCAAAGGUUGCAGGGAUUUAGUUGCUUUGCAAGAAAAAUUACUAUUGGAGAUAUUAAUAUCGAAACAAAGAUUAGUAGUGUCUAAUGUCGAUGCAGGUACUAAUCUAGUACGGGAUAGACUUUGUUGCAAAAAAGUUCUCCUUAUCCUUGAUGAUGUGGACGACUUGCGUCAAUUAAAUGCUUUAGUAGGAGAAGGCAAGUGGUUUGGUAAUGGAAGUAGGAUCAUCAUUACUACAAGAGAUAAACAUUUGCUAACUUGUCAUGGGAUAGAUCAAGAUUAUGUGUACGAAGUUAAAGCAUUGGAGGACAAUGAAGCUCGUGAGCUGCUUAGUAAGCAUGUUUUUCAGACACAUCAAAAACUAAAAAUCAGGACAGAUCUAGUGGAUAGUGUUUUGAAUUAUGCCGAAGGCCUUCCUUUAGCAAUUGAGGUACUAGGUUCCUUCUUAUGUGGUAGAAGAGAACAUGAAUGGAAAAGUACACUAAAGAAGUUUUCUAAGAUUCCUCACAAAACCAUUAAUAAUGUGCUCAAAAUAAGUUAUGAUGGACUAGAAGAUAAUGAGAAAGAGAUUUUUCUCCACAUUGCUUGUUUCUUUAAGGGGCAGGAUAGUCAGUACAUAAAGAAAGUUAUUGAUAGUUGUGAUUUUGAGAUAACUAUAGGAUUAGAAAUUCUCCUUGAGAGGUCCUUGAUAAGUAUGGAGCAUGGAAUCGUAGAAAUGCAUGACUUGAUUCAAUUGAUGGGUAUGGAUAUUGUGAACCAAGAAUGUCGCGAUGAUCCCUGGAGACGCAGCAGGCUUUGGCUAUAUGAUGACGUUCUCGAUGUUCUGUCCCGCGACAUGGGAGAUUGUGUAGUAAAAGCCAUAGUGUUGGAGCCACUAGAGCAGAAAGAGAUAUAUGUCAAGCCUAAUGCUUUUACAAAAGCGAGCAGCUGCAACGAUGGAAAUAAUCAGCCCCAUGGAGAAAAUGAGUUCGACCAAGAAAGCAUGCAGAGGUUGUGGCUAGAGAUUUACUUGAGGAGGAGGCUUGGGUGA